UGUGAUUAGUAGUAACAGAAAUCGGUUGAAGGAUCGUUCAUUGGUUUGUCAUCUUCAUUGCAUCUGAUGAAAAAACUUUUUCCUUCUUCACUAACAGCACAACCGAGUCCAAAGACCAUGUCUCCAUCAAGUAGUAAUCUUUUCGCCUCUAUAGACAUGGGCACCAACUCCUUCAAAAUGCUAAUAGUCCAAGCAGACCCAUCUGGAAAAUUCCUCACCAUUGAUCGCCACAAGAACCCUGUAUGCCUCGGUCGCGACUCAUCCACUUCUAUCUCAGUGGAAUCUCAUCUUCGCGCUCUCCAGUGCCUCCAAGAAUUUAAUCAAAUCCUCAAAUCCAAUGACAUCUCUCCCCAUCGGAUCCGCUGCGUCGCCACUGCGGCAGUGCGCGAGGCGGAUAACGCAAUCGAGCUACGGAAGGCAAUACAUGAAAGUACCGGAUUAGAUGUCGUUGUUUUGUCUGGUGAAGAGGAAGCAAGGUUUGUAUACCUGGGUGUACUUCAGUUUUUACCAGUUUUUGAGAAAAGAGUAUUGGUUGUGGAUAUUGGAGGUGGAUCUACUGAAUUUGUCAUAGGGGAGAGAGGGAAUGUUAUUUUGGGGGUCUCUUUGAAGUUGGGGCAUGUGGGUUUGACUCAGAAGUCACUUAGUAGUGGUAAUGUUUUGCACAUGAGAAAGUUUGUUAAGUUAGUUAUAAGAGAAUCCGGGUUGAUUGAGAAAGUUAAGGACUGUGGUUUUGAGGUGGUUGUUGGGACUUCAGGCACUAUUAGAGCAAUUGAGAAGGCUGUUGUUUAUGGUUAUGGGCAAGAUUUGGUCGAUAGUAAUGAGGUUUUGUUCAGGAAUUGCAAUAGGGAUUGGAAGUUCAGCAGAGGAGAAUUCAGGAGUGUUGUUGAUAGGUUGUGUAAUGAAGGAGUGGAAGAGAGGAUGAGGAGGGAUGAGUUUUUCAAGAGAAGAUCAGAGUUUAUUGUUGCUGGUGCAGUGUUAUUGGAGGAGAUAUUUGAGGCGCUUGGAAUUGAAGAAAUGGAGGUUUCUGGGUAUGCAUUGGGAGAGGGUGUUAUUGCCGAAACUUUGGCUAAAGUAUUUGAUGGUUAUGGUUUGAAUCCUAGUACGAGGUGGCUUUCUGUUGUGAGGCUUGCGACAAGAUAUAGCGGCAAGAAGGGAAUUAAAUCUGCAGCAAAAUGUGCUAGCAUUGCCAAUGAGAUUUUUGAGGGCUUCAGAAAAUGGAUAGAGAUUGCUGACAAUCAAGUUAAAGUUAAUCUCCACUUGACUAAAAAGGAUCUUGAAUGUCUUGAAGCUGCCUGUUUACUUCACAAUAUAGGGAUCUUCACUGGUAAAAAAGGUUAUCAUAAGCGGACUUAUCGAAUUAUUAUGAAUGAUGAUUAUCUUCAUGGAUAUAGUGCUGAAGAGGUCAAGUUAAUAGCACUACUUACAAGGCAUCACAGGAAGAAAUUCCCAGGGUCUGAUCAUUCCAAUUUGAAGGAGAUUCCUGAAGAGUUCAAGAUUAAAUUCAGAAUUCUUUGCAUCAUUAUACGGAUAUCGGUCAUAUUACAACAAAAUGGUUGUUUGAACUUCCAAGAUGUGAAAGUUUUGCAUUCUUACGAAGGAUUCGAACUGGUAUUCGGGCAAACCGGCAAUAAAAAUGCUUUGCCUUUGGGGGAGGACAUAGCGAGAGAGCUGAAAAAAGAAUUAGCACAAUUCAAAAUUGUAUUCCAGCAACGGUUGUUUGAGGUGCAGUCAUGCAGUUUAGAAUCGUCAAAGAGCUGACACCUGCAUGAAGGACAUCAGUCACUCUCAGUGUAUAUUGUAUAAUAAAACUUAUAUUGCUUAUACACCAGAUCCCGUAAAUGACCAGACUGAUUACUCUGGGAACAAGCUAUGCUUGAUAUGUCAGCAUUGUUCUCAUUCACAAUUUGAUUGCAUAUCCACCUUAUUUAUGAUUCUGGUCUCAACCAUUUUUGUCAA